AUGUCCGGAUUCGCGGCGGCGGGCCUCGUGGCCUUCGAUUCCAUCAAGUCCAAAGCAUCGCAAAAAUUUGCUGGGUUCAGAAGGAGCAAUGCCGGCUACGAGGAAUUCGAGAUGCCCCGCGAGGGUAGCAAAGACAAUAAGGGGUUUGAAGGAGAGAGAGCAUACAGUAGAGAAGCCUCGUUCGAAUCACUCCCGGAACCAGAAAGACCCCCACUGCGUCAUAUCGACACUUACUGCAAGCCAGAAUGUCCAUGUCUAUCGAAAAGAUACACUAUCGCAACGUUGGCCUGCAUAGGAUUCAUCAUCUCGUUUGGCAUGAGGUGUAACAUGGCCAUGGUGAAAGUGAUGGUGAAGAACGACACGAAAUCCGACAACCACAGCAGCAGCAAUACUCUCUCGUUCAAUUGGACAGUUGGUACAAUGAGCGCCCUGGACUCAUCCUUCUUCUGGGGUUACCUGGUCACCCAAGUACCAGGAGGUUUCCUCGCUUCCCUUUAUCCUGCGAACAAGAUAUUCGGAAUUGCCAUUGCUAUAUCAUCGUUUUUGAACUUGCUGGUACCUGGUGCACUAAAAGUCGACCCAAUCGUCGAUAUAAUGGUGCAAGUCGUGAAAGGAUUGGUGGAGGGUGUCACGUAUCCGGCGUGUCACGGUAUUUGGAAAUACUGGGCGCCUCCAUUGGAGAGAUCACGUUUGGCUACAUUAGCGUUUUGCGGUUCUUACGCCGCCAUGGUCAUAGGAAUGCCUAUAUCAGCUUGCUUGACUUCCAUCUUUGGCUGGACAGCGUCCUUUUACUUCUACGGCAUGUGCGGGUUAAUUUGGUACUGUUUCUGGCUGUGGCUGGCUUUCGAGAAACCCUCGAAGCAUCCUUGUAUUUCGGCUCGCGAACUUCACUACAUCGAAGAUUCCCUUGGCCAAGGACAAGCGCAAAUCCCUAUGCCAACGUUCAGCACGACACCGUGGCGUAAAUUCUUGACGUCCAUGCCAGUCCACGCUAUCAUCGUAGCUAAUUUCUGCAGAUCCUGGAAUUUCUACCUGCUGGUGCUCUUCCAAGCUCGUUUCCUGCACGAGGCUUUCGACAUGCCUCUAGUUGAAACUGGUGUAAUCGGUGCACUUCCACACUUGCUGAUGACAAUAAUCGUGCCUUGCGGUGGCUUGCUGGCCGAUCACAUUCGCAAACGUGGAAUAUUAUCAACGACAAACGUCAGGAAACUUUUCAACUGCGGUGGUUUCGGUAUGGAGGCGCUUUUCUUCUUGGUGGUAGCGAAUGCGACCAUCCAUAGAAAUGGUACGGCGGCGAUCGUGGCGCUCGCGUUUGGCGUAGCAUGCAGCGGCUUCGCCAUUUCCGGUUUCAACGUGAACCACCUGGAUAUCGCGCCGAGAUACGCCAGUAUUCUCAUGGGAAUGUCGAAUGGAAUCGGUACGAUAGCGGGAUUGUUAGUGCCAUUCUUCGUAAACAACAUCACAGAGAAAAAGGACGCUCAGAGUUGGAAAAACGUGUUUAUUAUAGCAGCGUGCGUGCAUAUAUUCGGUGUUACAUUUUACGGGAUCUUUUGUUCCGGAGAGUUGCAACCUUGGGCUGAUCCUACCACGGAGGAGCAAAAGACCUUCGCUAUGGACGAAUUUGGACAAACGAAACCACCUGUUCCACCGCCGCCGCAAACAAUGCAAUCCGAAUUUAUAAAACAGCCAUCCAUGGGUGGAGGAGCCACCGACGAUUGGAAUAACUACGAGCAACCACCUGCGGAUAAUAUGUACGCUCAACACGACAAACCACCAGUGGUAAGCUACGGAUCGACGGAAACCAACAGCAACAACCCCUUCCAUUCGACGAACCCCUUCGUCACUGAUAUAAACGCGUCCCUGGUACAACCGCCAGCAACAAACGACUAUUCAUACGACGUUACGCAACAGAAUCAGCAGUGGAACUAA